GGAAGUGACGCCAGGACAGGCCCGUUUCUUUUCCAGUGAUGUCUGGGUCCUGUAGUUGGGGUGCAUUUUUUCACCUCCGGUCCAUCUUCACUCCUAGGGAGUCGCUGAGGUGGGGGUGACGGCGGCCGUGGAGGGUCAGUUUAAGGCGUGGCUGUGUCUGUAGCCUGCCGAGAGGCUGUUUCCAUAGGCCUGGAGCCCGGGACAGGCGGGGUGUCACGGGCACCCCGCCUCCGUCCGGCCGCGGCGAAUGCUCUCUGAGCCUCCAUCUGCUCGGGCCCCUCUGCAGAAGCCUUCCCAGCAGCCUUCUAGUUUCCUCCUCCGGGACAGAACUCCGCUGCUCGGCAUCGCCUGGCAGCCCGCGCCUCCUCCGCUCGACCCAACGCUUGUGGACUUCGGUGAUCCUGUCUACUUUCGUGGUUUCUGUAGUAACUCCAGGUGGUAUACCCAUAUCUGAAGAUUUGGAACGAAGCCUCAGAUGAGAGAGAACAUGAACUCUUUGCAGGGACUCAGACUUUAUUCUUGAAGAAAAGAUAAAGGCAGAAAAGAUGGUGGCUGAUUGCCUGACAAAUUGUUACCAGGUCUCGGUAACUUUUGAUGAUGUGGCUGUGGACUUCACCCAAGAAGAAUGGAUUUUAUUGGAUCAGGCUCACAGAGACCUCUACAGAGAGGUGAUGCUGGAGAACUACCAGAACCUGGCCUCAGCAGGAUGUGAGGUCAUCAAACCCAGUCUGAUCUCCUGGUUGGAAGAAGAAGAUUUGCACAGAGAAGAUCUCCAAGAAUGGGAAAUGCCACUUGGCACCAAAGAGUCAACACUGCAUCAGGAUUUUUUGAGGGGACAGACUUCCAGUGGAAUACAAACAGGCAGAAGCCAUAGUGCACGAGAACUCUGUUACUAUAUACAAUGUGGAGAAAUUUUCAGUGAACAUUCAUAUUUCAAGACACAUGUGAAAACCCAUAGUACAUGGAACACUGGACAUUUUACUCACUCAAAUCAUGAUGCAUCUGUUCAAGUGCACACCAUAAAAACUUAUCCAUGUAAGAUUUGUGGAAAAGCCUUUGGACGUUCUUCAAAUCUUAACAGACACCUACGAAGCCAUACUGGAGAAAAACCCUACGAAUGUAAGGAAUGUGGGAAAGCUUUCACUACCUACUCAAGGCUAGUGGAACAUUUUAGAACUCAUACUGGAGAGAAACCAUAUAAAUGCAAGGAUUGUGGAAAAGCCUUUGCUAAGCGGUCAGGCCUUAUAACACAUAUAUCAACCCAUGCUUCAGAGAAACCCUUUGCAUGCAAAGAGUGUGGGAAAGCCUUUGCUUCCUCCCCACGCCUUAGUCAGCAUGUAAGAAUUCACAGUGGAGAGAGACCCUACAUAUGUAAGGAAUGUGGGAGAGCCUUCCUCACUUCCUCAUACCUUCGGAACCAUGUAGGAAGAACCCACAGUGGAGAGAGACCCUAUAUAUGUGGAGACUGUGGAAAAGCCUUCCAUUCUUACUCAAAUCUACGUAGACAUGUAAGAACUCACAGUGGAGAAAGACCCUACAUAUGUAAGGAGUGUGGAAAAGCCUUCCUCAAUUCCUCAUACCUACAUAACCACAUACGAAAAACUCACAGUGGAGAGAUGCCUCAUAUAUGUGGUGAGUGCGGGAAAGUCUUCCACGCUUCCUCAUACCUGCGCAGACACUUGAGAACUCACAGUGGAGAGAGACCUUGUAUCUGUAAGGAAUGUGGGAAAGCCUUCCUCAACUCCUCGUACUUACGCAAGCAUCUAACCAUUCACACUGGAGACAAACCCUAUGAGUGUAAAGAAUGUGGGAAAGCCUACCGUAGGUACAAUCUGCUACAUGACCAUUUAAAAACUCACACGGUAGAAAAGCCAUUUGAAUGUGAUGUAUGUGGAAAAUCCUUUCAGUAUUUCUCAUACCUUACUAAACACAUCCGUAUUCACACUGGAACAAAACCCUAUAAGUGUAAGUAUUGUGGGAAAGAUUUCACUACUUCCUCAAGCCGAACUGAGCAUAUCCGAACUCACACUGGCGAGAGACCCUAUGAGUGCACAGAAUGUGAGAAAACCUUCACUUCAUCCUCUAACCUCAUUCACCAUGUAAAAAUCCAUGCUAGAGAAAAACCUUUCAUUGAGAAUGUAGGGAAGCCUACGGUGGAUUUUACUUACUAACCGCACACUAGUAACUCAUGGUGAAUAGAAGCACUUCACAUCAGAGGAAUGCCAAAAAUUCUUAACCCCUCACACCUUGAUUUCAUCAUCCUGGAACUUACACUGUUAAGGAACUAGAACUGUGGAACAUCCCCCAAUUAUGACAGCUUACUUUGAAAACAGGAAAGGAACUCAUACUCAAGAUGUCCCAUGAAUUUAAGGAAAGAAAUAUUAAAGCGCUCACUGUUUCUUACGUGAGACUUCACAGGGAAGGGGAAUACUGUCGUAAGAUGUGCUGAAGGUUGUAGUUCUGCUAAGUAUUUUUAAUUCAUUUGUCCCAACAGUUGAGAAAACUUUAUGAAGGUAAGGAAUGUUAGAAAGUCACAUGAACUUAAUCCUCAGUGUUUAGUAAACAUUAUAAAUCAUAUCCAAGAGAAAGUAACCAUAUGGAAAUUUUGUCUAUGUGCACUGAAGUGUGGUUUGCUGGAAGCAAUGAGGCCUGUUGGAUGAUAUAGUUAAUUUGGAUCUUUUGUUAUCUGGCCUGAUAUUCCUGGAGUGACGUUUUCUUCUCUUCAAGCAGCACCAUUUCAUCUUGGUUAUCUUGGUUGCUACAACUUCUGGGUAGUGACUGGUGAUAUGAGGAGUUUUCGGAAUAUAAACAUUGUUUUAGUGUAGUGUAGAUUCUCUAGUUGGUUUAUUGUACUGUUAAACAUGCUACCCUAUAGUACCUUGCAGCAGCUAAGUUUCAUAAUACAGUUAAAAUGCCUUUGUUCCUCUUUUACAACUUUUAGAUAAAAGGCAUAUAAAUAAGUAAGUAAAUAAAUAAGCAGACAAGCAAACUAGCAAAGUCCCUUCCACAAACACAUUAAUCUAUGAAUCUAAAUACAUCAGUCAUUUGAUGAAGCCAGAGCCCUCAAGAUCCAAAUAUGUCUCCCAUCCUACACUGUGAACACUAUAGCCCUAGGGUCCCAAGUGCUAAAGUACAUGAACUUUUGGGGUACAUUUCAGAUACAAAUCAUAAUACAACCCCUCCCAGUUUCUGGUAAUUCCUCAAGGUUACAAACAACUUGAAUGCUUGGGGGUAUAUUUUUAUAAUCAUUUUAAAUUUUGGUGGUUUUCUAUUAAUAUAAAGAGUGGAAGUAGGAUAAGCAUAUGUGUACCAAUGCACAUGUGGAGAUCAAGAAAACUUAGAGGAAUCUGUUCACUCCUUUCACCUUGUGGGUCCCAGGGAUAACACUGAGGUUGUCAGGAAUGGCUUGGCAAGUACCUUUACUCACUGAGUUGGAUGAUGACUCACUGGCCCAUAAUUUUCAUAUUCAGAACAAUUAUCUGGGGGACUGGAGAGACAGCUCUGUGGCUAAGAACACUUGCAACUGUUUCACAGGGCCAGAGUUUAGUUCCCAGCACUCACUGAGAUGUUUGCAGCUGCUUGUAUUCAAGCUACAAGACAUCAGACUUCCUCUUCUGGUCUCUGGGUGCCCACAGGCAAGUGGACAUGUAGACACAUAAUAUUUUUUUAAAGAAAAACAAUCAAUCUAGAGUUCCAAACUCUAUUCUUUUUUUGGGACCCACUUAGCAUUUAUGUUCCUUGUCCCUAAAUCAAUCUAGAUCAAACUGAAGAGAAAUAGAGACAUCACCUAUACUCUUGCUCAUUAGAAUUAUUCAAAAUUGUGCAUAAGAAUCUUCAUUUAGUCCAGCACCAUUAUGACUUCCCACAGAAAACUCAUUAACCCUUUCUUCAUAGUUGGUGUUUUACAUAUUGUGCCUUGGGUACAGCUGCCACUCUAUUACAUUUUUCUUUUGUAGAAAGCUGCACAUGCAUGGUUCAUACCAGAAGACAACUUGCACUAGGCAGUUUUUCCACCAUAUGAGUUCCAGGUAUCAAACUUGGGUUAUCAGGUUUAGCAGCAAGUACCCUUUCAUGCUGACCCAUCGUGGGGUCUCCGCUCUGUUUUUAAUUGAUGUUUAAGACUCAGACAUCUUAAAAUUACUUCUUAAUUGUAGGGUUUGUUUUUGUUUUAUGUGUUUUUUUUUUUCAUUUGUUUUUUUUGUUGUUUGGUUUUUGCUUUCUCUUUUUAUUGGCAACCAAUAAGCUCUAUUCCUAGCUCCACACAUCCUCUUUGAUAAUAUGGUUUUGUUGUAUAGUCCCAAUUGCCCUGGAACUCAUGCUAUGCAGAUAGAUGUGGUGUUACACACCUUUAAUCCCAGCAUUUGGGAGGCGGGGGAAGGCAGAUCUCUGAGUUUGAGGCCAGCCUGGUCUACAGAGUGAGUUCCAGGACAGCCAAGGCUACACAGAGAAACCCUGUCUCAGAAAAAAAGAAGAAUGAAAAGGCAGUAAUAAAAUAAGGUACAAUAUAAACAAACAGGAAAAGAAAGAGCCAAGGAAAAAGCACAAAAAACACAGAUGUAGAGAGAGACAUAUUCACACUCAUAGAAAUCACAUAAAAACACAGAAUUGGAAAGUAAUAUAGAUACAAAGACCUAUAAGGUGGGUUAUUUAAUAAUAACAUUGAAUUUCUUUUGUGUUGGCCAUCUACUGCUGGGCAUGAUGCUUGCCCUUAGAGUGGUUUGUAUGCCCAGUGAGACUCCAUUGGAGAAGACUCAUUUUUCCUUUGGGAGAGGUUUUCAGUUGGAAAUAGCGUCUGGAUUAGAGAUGUGGGCUUGUGUCAACUUCCUGUCCAACCACUGGGACAAACCCCAUCUGGCUUAGACCCACACAGGCCCUGUGUACGGUGCCGAAGUUUCUGUAGGUUGAUAUGUGUCUCAUUCUUAUUUCAUUGGUUUUCUUCAAUCUCCUGAGGGGAGGAAUUUGAUGGAAACCUCCUGUUGAGGACUGAGUAUUCCAAGGUGUCUCCCUCUCUGCACACUGUAGAGUUGUGGGUCUCUGUGUUUGUUUCCAUCCACUGCAGGAGGGAGCUUCUCUGAUGAUGGCCGAGCAAGACAUUGAUCUGUAAGUACAGCAGAAUGUUGUUAGGAGUCAUUUUUAUUGCUACAUCUCUUUAGCCGGAUGGUAGUAUUUAGUUUUCUCCCAAGUUCAUGGCCUAUCUAAUCUAGUGUUCUUGGCCAUCUGAGCAGUGCUGGGGAUGGGUUCCAUCUCAUGGAGUAGGCCUUGAAUCCAAUCAGAUACUGGUUGGUUAUUUCUACAAGCUUUGUGCUACUGUCACACCAGUGUAUCUUGCCACAAGUCACCACUGUAGACUGAAGGGUUUAUAGCUGUGUUGGUGGUUGGUUACCUUUCUCCUUUGCUAGCAUGCAUAGUAUCUUUCAGUACCAAGAAUACUAGUCAGUAGGGGUAAAGGCUCUAGGUAGGCACCAGCUCAGCUUGUCUAUCAUGUAGGUGUUGUCUUCAGCAAUAGGGCCUGACCAUCAGUUUGUGGAGAGCAACCAAAAGCCUUGCCAAUAGCUUGGGUUGUUCUGGGGUUUCCAUGAAGGCCCUUUGGCCAACAACUCAAUUAUAUGUAAACCAUUCUCUGAACUUAAGCUUUUAUUUUGUGACAAGAAAUGUCUGGUUGGAGCUUUAUCUCUUCAGUUAUUCGGUGAUUCCAUUAAAAUUUCUUUCACAUAUAUGAAAAUAUAUAUCUUAAGAAGCUUCUAGGGGCUGGAGAGAUGGCUCAGAGGUUAAGAGCACUGACUGUUCUUCCAAAGGUCCUGGGUUCAAUUCCCAGCAAUCACAUGGUGGCUCAUAACCAUCUAUAAUGAGAGCUGAUGCCCUCUUCUGGCCUGAAGGCAUACAUGUGGACAUAAUACUGUAUAAGUAAUAAAUAAAAUAAAUCUUAAAAAGAAAAUAUGCUUCUACUGUAUUAGGUUUCUAUAUGACUCUUCAAAUCACCCUGAGUUUUAGCUGUCCCUCCCCAUAUUUCCUCCCUUAGUCCCUUCUUCCCUCCCUCCCCCUCCCUGUUUGAUUCUCCCAUUCCAGUUGUUCACCCCUCCUCCAUCUAUAUUCUGUUUUCCUCUCCCAGGGAGAUCCAUGUGCCUGCCCCCAAGUCCCUUCCUCCAUACCUAAUCUAUCUGGGUCUACAUUUAAUGGAUAAUAUCCAUUUAUAAGAGAAUACAUACCAUAUUUAUCUUUUUGGGUCUGGGUUACCUCAGGAUGAUUUUUUUUUUCUAGUUCUGUCCAUUUACCCUCAAAUGUUAUGAUUUUUCUUUUUUCGAGACAGGGUUUCUUUGUGUAGCCUUGGCUGUCCUGGACUCAAUUUGUAGAGCAGGCUGGCCUUGAACUCAUAGAGAUCCAGCUGCCUCUGGCUUCCUGGGUGCUGGGCCUGGAGGCGUGCACCACCAAGCCUGACUCCACAUUUUCUUUAUUACAGUCCUCUGUGAAGGACAUCUAGAUUGUUUCCAGUUUCUGGCUGUUACAGAUAGAGCAGCAGUGGACAUGGUUGAACAAGUGUCUCUUUGUGUCAUGUAGAGUCCAUCUGGUAUAUGCCCAAGAGUGGCAUGCAUGGGUCUUGAGGUAGAGCCAUUUGCAGCUUUCUGAGGAACUGCCACACUGAUUUCAUGUGGCUGUACAAGUUUGCAUGUGAUGGUAUCUUAAAGAUUUCUUAACUUUGGCAUUCCAGAUUUCUCCAACUAUUUCUGUGAUUUCAGAAGUUUUCUUGAUAACUUUAAAUGUGUUCUGUUGCAAUGCCUUUUAUACUUUGUUUUGUUGUUUUUGUUUUUUUGUUUGUUUGAGGCGCUCUUUCUUGAGACAAUACCCCAGGAUGAUCUAAAAUUUACUGUACAGCUAAGGAUGACAUUGAACUUGUAAUCCUCCUGCUUCUACUUUUUUUUCUUUUUCUGUUUUCUGUUUUUAUUUUUGUUUUGUAGUUGUUUUUUGAGGCAGGGUUUCUAUAGCCCUGGCUGUCCUGGACUCAUUUUGUAAGUCAGGCUGGCCAUGAACUCACAAAGAUCUGCCUCUGGGGUUAAAGUGCUGGGUUUAAAGGCAUGUGCCACAAUGCCCAGUCCACUUUUAUUAAAAAAUAUAUACUUUUUUUUUAAAGAUUUUUUUCUUUGGCCAGGCAUAAUGGUGUACACCUUUAAUCCCAGCACUUGGGAAGCAAAGGUGACCACAGAUCUCUGUGUUCUGUGUGUUCAAGGCCAGCUGGGUUUAUAUAGUGAGUUCUAGGAUAGCUAGAGCUACAUAGUGAGAUCCUGUCUUGAAAAAAAAAUAAAGCAAAUUUUAAUUA